AUGGGGCUUGAUGCAAAUGACAACCGGGGCUGGGUGAUGAGUGGUGUCGCCGGUAUUGCUUGUGUUAUCGGUGCCAGCAUCAUCUGCGUGGACAUUAUAUUGCGAUCAUGUUUUCGAAUUCGAAGCUUCGAUAUAACUACCAAUACCACCUUUCUUUCAUCGUCAAUGGGCCUGAGUGCUGGAGUCAUGGUAUUUUCAUCAUUAUAUAGUAUGCUACCUACAGCGAAGAGAUAUCUCUCUCGAUCGGGACUGUCAGACUCUGUCGCUGCGUUUACCUUGAUCGGACUCUUCAUAGCGGGUGUGAUCGGUAUCAGCAUCUUCUCGCACAUCGCCCAUAGUUAUAUACCCUCGCACGUCGUUGACUGUACACACACGCAUGAAUCGCAUGACCGUGAUAUAGAGCAGGGUAUUGAGGAGGAACAUCAACAUCAACAUCAACAUCAACAUCAGCAAUACCACCACUAUCAUCACCAUCACAAACAUCCGACUGAAGAAAAUAAUCCGAUCACGGAAAUAAACGAGCAGACACCUCUCCUUCCUAGCACUGGCCACAACAUACGACCAAUACAGACUCUCCGUACGAAAAGCACGAGCGGACUUCCAUUUCGGACAUUCUCUCGCGGUUCCGCCGGGAGAAUAUUCGGCCGCCGGGUCUCGCAAUUUCUUAGGAUCACAAAAGAUGUUUGCGACGAGAAUGGACCAUGCUAUGGCUUCUCUCAGACCUGCGGGACAGAUUGUAGAAAAGUGCUAGGUCCUCGGAAAACGUUCUUUUGGAUGGACGGAACAGGCUCAAUUAAUCAGACACAGCCGGCAUCUCCGGCAGUCAGUGAGCCAGAGCCAAGGAUGCGGGCAGAUGAACCCGACACGCCCUUGACUGUUCGACACGCGCCGCUUGUCGCUCAAGACGAAACUGAGAUUCAUCGACCAGACGGCGAGCCGCAACGGAGCGAUUACUUUUCGCAAGACGUUCAACGUUCUACCUCAUCUCGACAUUCAUCUCAACAGGCAGACGAAGAACGGACUGCCACUGGAAGCCAGGAGUCAGCAGGCAAACUAUUCGACGACCAUGCGAGCCAUUCUUCACCGCACCAUCAUCACGUUCCUCAGAAUGCAUUUCUUUCUAUCGGCCUGCAGACGUCAUUGGCUAUUGCUCUACACAAGCUUCCCGAGGGAUUCAUUACCUAUGCCACCAACCACGCUAGUCCAACACUAGGAAUGACUGUCUUCAUUGCACUUUUUAUUCACAAUAUCACCGACGGAUUUGCUCUUGCUCUUCCUCUCUUCUUGGCCAUUCGGUCAAGAACAAAAGCUAUCAUCUGGGCAAGUCUGCUAGGAGGAAUCAGCCAACCAGCCGGCGCCGGUCUCGCAGCCCUUUGGAUUUGGUACAGCAAUCGAGGCAAAGAAGUCACCGAAGGAACUUCCUGGGGUGUAUACGGAGGCAUGUUCGCUGCCACAGCGGGUAUCAUGACCUAUGUAGGCUUUCAUCUAUUCAGCGAGGGUCUAAGUUUGACACAUAACCCCAACAUUUGCAUAUUUUCGGCUAUUGCAGGCAUGGGGCUGUUAGGAAUCAGCUUUGCAUUAACUGCAUGA